AUGCAGUUCAAUCAAUGGAAUGUUCUCUCAUUUCUGAAUAGCCCCUUUGAGUCCUGUCUGAGCUUUGGCUCAAUGUUCUUGAAUACUGACCCCAACCUCACCUUCCUGUGUGGGUUGGGGUUGCUCCUUCUGUUCCUGUGCUACCUGGUGGGGAUUCCAACUUUACCAACCUUCUGGAAAACCAAAGUCUUCCAAGAGCGUCAGGGCAGAGCCAAGAGGAGAAGGAAAGGUGGAACAUCGAGAGGUUGGAGACAUUACCAGAGGGAAACAGAGGAGAAAAAGAGGCUGAUUUCUAUUAUGAAAAGCCUCCCAGGCCAGCAUCAUAAUACCACCCACAUUCGUCAACUGUUAUGUCCAGACUCCUUCUGUGAGGUGUGUAAUAGCACAACUGCGGAGGUCAAUCGGCUGCUAUUCCUGGAGGACCUAGAAGAUGAUACUCUUUCUGUGUCCUCUUUGGCUUCCACAGCUUCUGAGACUGAGUCAUUGUUCACUGCAUCCUCUGCCUUUUCAGAAGUCCCUCCAGGAGACCUAAUACCAGAUCCUCUGCAUGAACCUUCCCCAGCGCCGCCCUCCACUCUCUUACCUAACCCAAUGACACCCUUAGCUGACUUUCUUUCACCCUUACCACCGGGUCACUCUCUGCCACCAGAGCCUUUUCCUCCCUUGGAUUCCAAACUCCCAGCAGACCAUUCCACCUGCCAGGCCUUUGCCUUUUCCCCUCUCCCACCACAUGACACUCAGACAGUGGAUCCUGUUCUCCAACCAAAAGCUACUUUGUCUCUGCAUACCAUCUUCUCUGUUGACUCAGAACUUGCCCAAGAUGUCAGCCUCUUACCACAUUUGUCCCAGACAAUGAAUCCCACUGAUUCAUUGGCUUGUCAUCACAUACCGCCAACCCUGUCUGUUUCACCACCACCAGACCACCCUUCAACUGUGAGUCAAUCUAAAUUAAUUUCCACCUUAUUGAAGACUGUCCAGGAGAACUCAUCUCCAGAUAGCCCUGGUGGGUUGUCCACUUGCAUCCCAACAAUCAAAGGCACUGACCAUUCAAGCCUGUCAGUUUCAGAAUUCUCCUCAUGGCAAGCUCAUGCUAAAGACUUGUUUCCUUCCAUCUUGGCACAACGUGAUGUCAAUCAAGAGUUUCUUGCCCCCCAUUCCUCAGAGGCCUUUUUUGGGGGAGACCCUGCCACCAACCUUGUAGAGCCUGGUAACCUCUCGUUUCUCAGCCCUGAUGUCCUGGCACUCCUGGAGAGACAAGUCCAAAAGAGGAGUGAUUUCCUGAUGUGGGAGGAAAAGAAGAGGGUUUCUUUUCCAAAAGAACUUAGGCCAGACUACCAAUUAAAUUCUUCAGGGAAAAUGUUAGAGGGAAUUGCUGAUAAGCACGACUUGGCAGUCUCCCUUCCUUUUUGGAGCAGCAAAGGCAAACCAAAGGAGCUGCAUGUGCACCAGCAGCCCCCAUAUCCUAAGACCUCAGAAGAUCAUUUACAGCAAAAACAUAUCCAGCUCUUCUGGGGUCUUCCAUCUCUGCACAGUGAGUACUUGCCCUCUGUUGACCAUGUCUCAGGUGACUGUUCCUCAAUCUUUAUUUUCACUGCAAUCUUUAAUGCUUCCACAGGCCAAGAAUUCCCAGUACUUUCCCAUCCCAUACCCUUGUCCUUGCCUGAGAUCCAGCCUCAAUCCUUGCCUCAAACCCUGCCCCAAUCCCAGGCCCUACCUGUCACUCAGGUUCAGCCCCAGGCCCACCUUCAAUCCCCACUCCCAAUCCUACCAUCUGGUCCUCUACCCAAGACUGAGAUCUGUGGAGUGUGUUUCCAGAGACCUCAGAAUGAACCAGAGUCUCUCAUCAUAUCUGAAAUGCAACACCUGGAAUGGAACGUGUUGCAGAAGCAACAGGAAAGUUUGUGGGGUUUACCAUCUGUGGUCCAAAGAUCUCAGGAGGAAUUUUGUCCUUCGGUUCCCAACUCUCCUUACCUCCGGGCCUCCAAGGCCCAUGUUUCAGUCUCCAUCCUUCCUAGAGAGUUUCCUCUCAGUGAUGAACUUCGGAAGAAACUAGAGCAUCACCUUCGAAAGAGGCUCAUCCAACACCGGUGGGGCCUGCCCCGCAGGAUCCACGAGUCUCUGUCACUGAUGAUGCCUCCGACCAAUUUUGCAGAGAUGCCUGAGUUGGAGAGUGAUCAUGGCCUCUCAUGGGUCUCUGUGAACAAAAAUCUAAAUGUUGGAUUGAGCCAUCCUGGAAGCUUCCAUGAGAGGGGCUCAGAAAUGCUUCAUCUGGAGAAGGACGUGGGGAAGGAUCAGGGACAUACUUCAGAGAAUGGCCCAAAAGCUCUUUUGUUGAGUGGCCCAGAGAGGUCUUCAGAUAAGGAUCUGGGGUGUGACUCUGAGAAAGACCUAAAUAGUCACAUGGCGAGUCUGUCAGGGAAAAAUUCAAGGGCCUCAGUGGGGAGUCUAGGUCACAAACAACUUGAAAAUGUCCUGAAAGUACACUUGAGCAAGAAGUUUGAGGAAAUCAACGAGGGUCGGCUCCCUGGGACUGUGCAUGGUUCACGGCAUGCUAUCAAGCAGACACUGCUGCUUUCUGACAAAUCCCACACCCAAAUAAAACAGAGAAGUCUGCCACCAUCACUGGGUGGGGACCACUCCCUGAAUACCUUCCAGGAGCUUUCCUUCAUUGAUUCCAGUGCACAACAGAUGCUGGAAGCCCAUAUCAAAAGGUUUCGUAUGAGGAUGCUGUGGGGCCUUCCCCGCAGAGUCCUUGAAUCCAUAGAGAUCUCUAAAUUGAAAGAUGCCGCAUCCCAGUCCUUGUCCAGUUCCCACUUUGCUUCCUCAACCAACCUUAUUUCUGAUGGGGAUUCCAAGUCUGGGGGCUUCAAGCCCAUUAGAGGAAGCUCUAAAUCUCUUCAUGGAGACAAAGUGGGAACAACAAAUUUAGCCCCUGUCCUAGAUCAUCCUCUCCCAGCCACCUCACCUGUGGGCAAGAAAGGACAGGGGACCCCAAGACAAUCACCCUCUGGUAUCAACCAAGAGCUUGCAGAGGAUGUUCAGAGAAGUAAGGGUGCCACACAGACCCUUCUGCCUGUCACACACGGCAUCACAGGCAAAGCAAGUCAGAGACAGACUCGACUAUGUAACAGAUGCCCCCCAAGGCUGCCUGCAAGGCGAGCUGGGGCCAGACAGGAGCCAGAGGAGAAGAGAGUGAGUUCCAGGGAUGGAGUAGAAACACGACAGGCCAAAAAGAUGGAGGAGUCAGAACCUUUCUCCGAGCUCAACACGUCGAGGGAGAUAUUCAGGGCCAAGGAGCUCGAUGCUCUUCAAUCAAAAACUGGUGACACCUUGACAACCAGCAAGCCAGGAAGCUCCCAAAUGAUAAAUGUGAAUGAGAGUAAAGUAGAAACUACUGAGACCACUGAAAGUGCCCCACCAAAAAGAUCAGUUCCCAGAGAUCCUAAAUCAUCAUACCUUAAAGAACAACUGUUGAGCGAAUUAAAAUCUAAACUGGAGAAGAGGGAGCAGAGCCAGGCCCAAGGCCAACGCACUGACAGGCCCCUUCCCUCAGAGAGCUUGACUUACAAGGCCUCACUGACUCAUGCCCAGGGUGUCUGCAGCCGGGACGCGGGAGCUUCCCAGGUGCUGCAUGUCCAUUUGGAGGACAGAGGAAUCGGUGUGGAGCAGCGACAGGAGCCCUGGGUCCCUAAGCAUGUCUUAAGGUGGAGCCAGGAUAAGAAUUUCCCACCAGCUGCAGAGAGAGUCAGCCCUCCAGGCCCCAAAGCAGAAGAGCGUGGUGGAGGGGACGCAGAGUUGGGGACAUCCCAACCUAGAAGGAAGAGUUUCCCUAAUCAGGACAUGGCACUACAGGAGACGCUUGGGAGCAAGCCUUCCCAGACCCCAUCACAGAAGGGACAGCCUCCUCCUGAAAGCCUCUUCAGGAAAAAAAUGAAUCACUUUUUGCAAUGGCUUCAUCCUACGAUAAAAUGCAAAAGGCAAGAGAAUUCCCAGGAAAAGGGCAGCCCCAUUUCAUCUGAGCAGAGCAGAGGCCUAGUUAAAAGGAGAGCUGCCGUUACUGGGAUGACCACAGCUCAGAAGGUCAUGACAGACACUGGGAAGUUCCCAGAGGAGAAACUGGGGCGUUGGCAUGUGAUAGAUACCACCUGUCCUCGAGAGCCCCUUCCCUCCCCAAGGAAGUUUGAGAAAACUCAGCAGAAGGCAGCAGUGCAGGCCCGGGCAGAACCCAUCCAGGGCCAUCCUUCCAGCUACAGGGCUCCUUCCUGUAAAGUGACAAACACCAAGUCCUGCCACCAGGAAGCUGUCUUUGCUGGCCAGAGUUAUCCAAGUGUUAGAUGGAGCAGAGACGAGGACAGACACCCCGAGAAAGUUGUGGCCUUUAAGGACCAGCUAUUGUGUCAGAAGCAUCCCUCAUCUGUGCCCCGCAGGGAGCCUGUGCCCCAUCCAGGCCCCACCUGCAGGCGUCAAGACAACCAGGGACCUCCGGCCACUCUCACCACUGCUGAAGGCACUGUGCUCAGAGAUCUGUCUCUGCUAUUUCAACAGAAAAUGCUUCUCCAGAAUUUCCAGAGAGGAAAAUUUCCUACCCCAAAAUAAUUCCUUUCUUGUGGGGAAUAUUGA